GGCGUUCCCAUUCUUUAAACUACGUUCCACUCCCACAGGUUGAAAGGAGCGAAUCGGUCUGCCUUGUCCAAAUAUUAAUCCUGCUGUUUAAGAGCAAGAGUUACGUCGGGCUAAAUAGUACAUUCCACAGCUCCGGGCGGAAGUGGGGUCUUCCCUUGGUGUGCAGGCGAGGGGGAAAAUGGCGGCCCCGGGGUAUCUUACAUUUUUCAUUUUGGUCUUAAUAUCUGUGGACAAGAUAGCAGCCUUGACUCCUAGUCAUUACCUCACACUGCAUGAUGUUCAGAGGUUACAAAACUCUUUGGAUCGUCCAUUUACUGAUUUAGAAGGAAGUUAUUAUACCAUCAUAGGAUUGAAUCAAUUAGGUGGGAAAGUAGCUGAUGAAAAGGCUGCUUGCAAUUUUAUAAAAACUAAAUUGGACCCUGAUAGUAUUGAUUCCCUCUUCUAUGCUGCACAGGGAAGUCAGGCACUAGCUGGAUGUGAGAUUGCAAUUUCAAAUGAAACCAGGGAAUUGCUACUUGAAGCUAUCAGUGAAGAUUCUUCGAUUACCCAGAUUUAUCAUGCUGUUGGAGCCCUGAAUGGUUUUGGGCUUCCUCUCGCUUCCCAAGAAGCCCUAACUGCACUCACUUCUCGUCUUAGCAAAGAAGAAAACAUCUUGGCAACAAUUCAGGCUUUGCAGACUGCAUCCUAUUUGUCACAGCAGGCAGAUUUAAGAAGUAUUGUGGAAGAAAUAGAGGAUCUUGUUGCACGCUUGGAUGAUUUAGGAGGAGUGUAUCUACAAUUUGAAGAAGGGCUUGAAGCAACUGCAUUAUUUGUAGCCGCCACUUACAGACUCUCAGAUCAUGUUGGCACUGAGCCAGCAAUAAAAGAAGAUCAGCUCAUCCUCCUGAUGAAUGCAGUUUUCAGCAAGAAAAACUUUGAGAUUCUUUCAGAAGCAUUCAGUGUAGCUUGUGCUGCAGCCUCCCUUUCCCAGAAUCGUUACCAUCUGCCAGUCAUUGCUGUGACUGAGGGACCUGCUGCAGUUUCUCACCAUCAGCCAAUACUCACGCUUAAAGUGACAAACGUGAUGUCACAGCCACUAACCCAAGCAACUGUAACCUUGGAUCACGUAAAGUCUGUUGCAACUAAAGCCACCGUCCUUCAACAGUCUACUUUUUCUCUGUCUGGAGACGUCUUUGAGCUGAAUUUCAUGAGUGUCAAGCCUGCUAGCGGCUAUUAUGAUUUUACAAUCACUAUUAAUGGAGAUAGUCGGUUUAUAGCAAACAAAGUUGAGUUGAAAGUCAAAGUCUCAACUGAAGUUGGUAUUACAAAUGUGGAUCUCUUUACUGUGGAUAAAGACCAGAGCAUUGCACCCAAAACUACCAGGGUCACUUACCCAGCCAAAGCCAAAGGAUCAUUCACAGCUGACAGCCAUCAAAAUUUUGCCUUGUCCUUUCAAUUGGUUGAUGUGAACACUGGAGCAGAAUUAAUCCCUCACCAGACUUUUGUACGGCUUCACAAUCAGAAAACUGGGCAGGAGGUAGUGUUUGUUGCAGAACCAGACAGCAAAAACAUUUACAAAUUUGAACUGGACACUUCUGAGAGAAAAUCUGAGUUUGAUUCAGCCUCUGGAAUAUACACUCUUUAUUUGAUCAUUGGUGAUGCCACUCUGGAAAAUCCAAUCCUAUGGAACGUGGCUGACGUUGUCAUCAAAUUUCCAGAAGAAGAUGCUCCAUCUACAGUCCAGUCAAAAAGCCUUUUCACUCCUAAACCUGAGAUACAGCAUCUGUUCAGAGAACCUGAGAAGAGGCCUCCUACUGUUGUAUCAAACACAUUCACAGCAAUGAUACUCUCCCCACUGCUUUUGCUCUUUAUACUGUGGAUAAAGAUUGGGGCCAAUAUUUCGAACUUCAGUUUUACUCCAAGUACCAUUAUCUUCCAUCUGGGUCAUGCAGCAAUGUUGGGGCUCAUGUAUGUUUACUGGACUCAGCUCAACAUGUUUCAAACACUGAAGUACCUGGCUCUCCUUGGCAGCCUCACCUUCCUAGCAGGCAAUAGAAUGUUGGCUCAAAAAGCAGUGAAAAGGUUUUAAAUUGGGCAUUUAAAACAUAAAAUUUCACUCUCCUAUUCCAAAAAGAGGUAACUGCUUCAUAAAUGAAGAACUGUUCAACAUCAAGAUU